AUGACGUCGGCGAUCGCAGCUGAACCGAGCGGUAUAUCGCAUGGACCGCGCACACGCUUUACCGAAGUGUCUUCUCGCAUCUUCGAAGAGUACAAUCGAGGUCCGGAUGUCUGGUCCAUGUUCAAUCCUCUGGUCUUUCCAACUGCCAAGAACUUGGGCCAAGGAUUCAUGAAUUGGCAACCGCCUUCCUUUGUCCUCGAAGAGUUGAAGAAGGAUGUGGGUGAGAGGACAGAUGUGCAUCAUUAUUCGCACCCCAAGGGUAGGCCUAGACUUAGACAGGCUCUCAGCCAAUACCUGAGCAAAAGCCUUAGGGUACCGGACGUCAGCAAAGGCGACGUCUUCGACCAAGGCCAAUUGCCGCAACUCAGAUCGGAAUCGGAUAGACUGCUGGACCCGGAGACCCAAGUUCUUGUCACUGCUGGUGCAAACGGGGGCAUGUAUGCGGCCCUUAAUGCGUUCCUCGAGCCAGGUGAUGAAGUGAUCGUGUUUGAGCCUUUCUUUGAUCGUGAGUCGGGUUCGCGCGGCAUGCGUGUGCCGGCGCGCCGGCUCUGGCUGUGCCAGAAUGAACGCUGGACGGCCAUACUGAACUUACAUUGGUACAUGCGUGUCGGUAAUCGCUCAGAGUACAUCUGUGAAAUCACCUACUGCGGCGGCAAGCCAGUGUACGUGCCAUUGAUCCCACCAUCCAAGCCAGGAGGCGGCAAUGCGGGAGCAGACGAAUGGAAAGUCGAUUGGUCGGCUCUCGAUGCCGCACUUGCUUCUGGCAAAGUGAAAGCCAUCAUCUUCAACACGCCCCACAAUCCCAUUGGCAAAGUCUUCGAGUUGGAGGAGCUGCAACAGUUGGCACGCCGAUGCGUAGAGAUGGACCUGCUCGUAGUUUCUGAUGAGGUGUACGACUGCCUUACCUUUGAUGGCAAGGAACACAUUCGUAUCGCCGCGCUGGAAGGAAUGUGGGAUCGCACCGUAACAGUCGGCUCGGCUGGCAAAUCUUUCGCUGCUACGGGCUGGAGAAUAGGCUGGGUAGCUGGCGCAGAGCACCUCAUCAAGCCCACGCUGGUCAGUCACACGAGAAUAGUGUUCACUUGCAACUCUGCAGCAAGCGAAGCAGCGGCAGCAGGUCUCGAACACGCCAUUCAAUCCGACUUUUUCGACCAGCAAAGCAAAGAGUACGAGGCUAGGAGGACAAAGUUGACGAACAUGUUGGACAAGCUUGGAUUACCGUACACUUUGCCUCAUGGCGCCUACUUUAUCAUGGCGGACAUGAGCCGCCUGCAGAUUCCGGAGGGGUUCGAGUUCCCCAAGGACGUGGCUUCGAAAGCAAAGGAUUUCCAGCUCGCUUGGUUCGUUGCCAAGAUCGCUGACGUGGUGACGUGAGUCUUGCGAUGGUAGAGCUGCAUCGCCAGAAGCCGAUGUUGGCCAAGAUCUGCAGCGAAAGAUUCGCGCUCUGCGAACCGCAGCGAGGGAGAAGCGAGGCAAGGACUGAGCUGAGUUGAUCUGCCCGUCUUGACAGAAUUCCGACCACCGCUUUCGUUUCGGAUGAACACUGGCACUUGUACGAGAACUUUCUUCGCUUUGCCUUCUGCAAAGACGGAGGCGAGAUCGAGGAGGCUGCCGUCAGGCUCGAAAAAGUAAGUUUCUGUACCAACUUAUGUUUAAUGACCGAAGCGCAAUCGUUCCUGCAGUGUUUCAAUGGCUCGGCGUUGAGAUUCACAGCUGACGACUGACGUUGUUUGUCCGCCGCAGCUGAGGCCUUAUCUCAAGAAGUAA